AUGUAUGUUUCUAUUUGUAUUAAAAUUAUAAUUUAUUCUUACACAUUUAAUGAUAUAUUUCCUACUUGCAUGAAGGUGUUUGAUAAUCUUGAUGGAAUGGAAAAAAGGGAAUUACGAAUUUCAUACCAUAAUCUUUGCUUGAAUAUAAGUGAUGAAGUAGUGAAAACGAGAUAUUUUUAUACCUUCUGUUUAAAUUUAUGUGUCUAUUUAGAUAAUAUAGAAAGUGAAAAUCUUGAUAAAAAAACACAUUGUAAAUAUUUUAAUUACAAGCUAAAAUAUGCACUAGAGGGAUUAAGUCCUCAUUGUAAAAACGAACAAAAAUGUUAUGAAGACAUGUAUCAAGUAAGCAUCGGUGAUAAUAAAAAGGUAUCUGAAGUAUGUAAAGGGGAUAUUUUAGAGCUUAAAGAAGGUACCUUUAAAAUAAUGGAUAUACUAAAUGCACUAUAUACAUCUUUUGAGUACUUAAAAACAAGUAGUCGUUACGAUUUAGAUCAAAGUAUGUGUCUGCAUGCUGACGAAUACUCUGCUAAAUAUAAGAAUCUUUUACAAAUAAGUAGCGAAAUAAAUAACGAUAGCCUUAAAGAAUUACUAGAAAAUUUCAAUAAAGAAUAUAUCACCCUUCAGGAAAAAUUCAUUAAUUGUCAUGCACAUUCUAAAUCCAUACAUAAUUCCUCUUGGAAAAUUGCAGUAGGUCUUAUUUUAACAAUUACAUUAUUAAUAAUAGCAUUCAUUCUUUAUAAGUAUACUCAUUAUGUUUCACUUUUACAACCACUUGUAAGGAAGCUAAGGAGUAUAUGGAACAAUAGAAAUGAAGAAGAACCUAAAUUAUAUAAUUUGAUGAAAAGAGAACAUAAAAAUAUAAAUGAUAAAAAUUAUCAAAUAUUAUAUAAUUCAGUGAAUUAA